CUCUCUCUCUCUCUCUCUCUGUGCCAAUUUUUACGCCGCCUUUUUUCCCGCCCAAAAACUUUUCCACCAAUUUAGCUCACUCCAACAAUGAAAGACAGUGAAAUCAUAUAUAUAUAUACAGGAUGAUGAUCAUCAAGCUAGCUCUCAACCCUAAUCUUUCAUCAUUAGGGUUUCCUUUUUCUCUCUCAUCUCCAUGUUCUCUCUCUUUAUGAUCCGACAACUCAACAACCUUGACGACAGCUUGUGGGGCGUACAAAAGUUGGCGGUUCAAGUCCCGAGAGGGCAUAUUGUUCUUUUCCAGUUUUUGUUUGUGUGAUUUAACAUUAGCUUCUUCCUCUAUUGUUGGAGCAAAUACAGAAUUCACACCCAACUAGUACUCCCAAUCUAAAUUCGGAUAAAUAAAGUUUAGAUUCUUGAAACAAGAUUUUGACUCUACCCAGAUCUGUGGUUUUUAAAUUUGAGGAUCUUUGUUGCCUGAUCUGUCUUGGUUUCGAGGUGGAAGAAGAUGAAUGAAUUUUCGCGUGUUCCUCCCGGUUUUCGUUUCCAUCCGAGUGAUGAAGAACUUGUUGACUACUACCUUAGAAAAAAGAUUACUUACAGAAGGAUUGACCUAGAUAUCAUUAAAGAGGUUGAUCUUUAUAAAAUUGAGCCAUGGGAUCUCCAAGAAUUAUGCAGAAUAGGAACAGAAGAGCAAGAUGAAUGGUACUUUUUUAGCCACAAAGACAAGAAAUACCCAACUGGAACUCGCACAAAUAGAGCUACAACAGCAGGAUUUUGGAAAGCAACAGGAAGAGACAAAGCUAUUUACUCUAAGCACAACUUGAUUGGCAUGAGAAAGACCUUAGUCUUUUACAAAGGUCGAGCCCCGAAUGGACAAAAAUCAGAUUGGAUUAUGCAUGAGUAUAGGCUUGAAACAGAUGAAAAUGGAACUUCUCAGGAAGAAGGUUGGGUUGUGUGUCGAGUGUUCAAGAAGCGGCUAACAACCAUGCAAAAAAUGAGUGAGCAUGAUUCACCAAUGUGGUAUGAUGAUCAAGUCUCAUUCAUGUCAGACUUAGAUUCGCCGCCAAAGCAAAUUUCUCAGCCUAAUCCAACUUACCACCAUCAAUAUCCCUGCAAAAAAGAACUAGAUUCGCAAUACCGGUACCCAAUCCCUCAUGGCCACUUCCUCCAGCUGCCACUCUUAGAUAGCCCAAAAUUGUUCCAAACAACACCAACCAUGAGUUGCAACUCUGUGGCUACAUAUGGGAUUGACAUGAACCAUGGAAGCACCAUGCAAUCCUCAUCACUCACACAAGAGGAACACAUUCAACAAGCCCAUGAUCAGAACUUGAAUUCAAUCUAUGGAAAUGAGCAAGCAGUGGAUCAAGUAACGAAUUGGCAAGUGCUCGACAAAUAUGUUGCUUCUCAACUCAGCCAUGAAGAUGUUGUUGUGACCAAGGAAAAUGACUACUCAAAUGGAGAAAACAUCUUCCAACAGUUGAAUAAACAAGAGAUGGCCUCAGAAAAUGCCUCAACAUCAAUGGACCUGUGGAAGUGAAGCCCUUGCUAUUAAAGUGAAAGAAUGGACCUGUUCCAAUGCAUUGUCAGCUCGAGGUACUAUCUUUUGGCUGGCAACAUUGGGAUAGAAUGACAGAAGAUCUCGUGCCUGAAAAAAUGGCACAUACUGAUCAUAGGAUGUUCAAUUAUUUUCUACAUUCUUGUACAUAAUAAAACUGAAUCAAGAUAUACUUAACUAUAUAGUAUUAAGUUAACACAAUAGUCAGUCCACAACUGAAAUCAAUAUAUUUGGUAAGGUCAAUUAUUGUUACAUGGACUUUGGAUCUGAGUCUGAGUGUGAUUGGGUGGGACUUUAAACCUCAGCAUUGUCUGUAUGUAAUGGCUAUUGUUUGUAGCCUGCAGUGAUCUGAUAACCACAUAUGUGCUUGUAUGUUCAUCUCAAUAAUAGUGUUAAAAAACAUUUUGUAUUUUGUUAUUUUUCUAUAAAAUGUAGCAAAAGUAGCUUGGAGCUUUU